AUGCUUGCGAGAAAAGAGGAACUGUUAAAGGAGAUGAAGUAUUACGAGAAAAGAAUUGAUGAUGCACGAAUUAAAAUGAAUAAUAAUAGUUUUUAUGAUGAAAGUUCCGACUCGGAGGUAGAGUUUACUGUUGAGCUGGAACCAUCAAUCAGUGAGUUGAAGUUGAAGCAAUCAAUGUUGCAGACCUGUCUUUUUGCUACACAGGAGUUGACAGGUGUCCAGAUUUUACAGUCCGAAGUGAAUAUUAUGGUCAAUGAACCCGUGUUUGAGAAGGAGCCACCAGUCAAAGAGGCUGGUGUAUGGAAGGAAGUGACAGCCGAGUGCAGAGUUGAUCUCGUACCAUUCUCUAUGACUUUUUAUGUGCAUCAUCCUAAACGUCUAUUUGGUUCACCACAAUACCGAUGUCUCCAAGUGACUCCAGUGAAGACGGCUCAUGAGCAAGAGCUGAUGCAUUCCGUGUUGCCCUCUGUGAAGACUCCGAGUGAUGCUGUGGAGGUGGUGGGACAGUACGCGCGCGCGCACCGCUCGCGGCGCUCCACACUCGCGCGCCUCGCGGAGAGAUACGCAGACGCGCUAUUCAUGGAGCCCAUGCCAGAAGGAGGCUACAUUCUGAAGUGCGCGAAUCUUCUAGAAGUUUCUUGGACUUUACAAAACAAACGGUCACCCAUCUCUCCAUUUCACCACCGACUGAAGUUUGACUUGGAAUAUAUGGACGAAUCCUACGUAAAAAUAAUAACUCAAGCGCACAGACAGCUGUCUGAUCCGGCUGUUGAGACGGAUGAAAGAACUUUAUUAUUAGCUAAAAUCAUCAACACAUGUCUCCAAGCACGUAAAGAUAUGCCCGUAACUGAAAGCGAGUCCGACACAGAUAAACUUACAGAUCAAAAUGCUGAAACAAAUGCCAAAGACAGUGAAAUCAUGGCUCCCCCUAAAACUAUACCCAAAAAGGUGAAACCUAACAAGAAACGACCUAUUGAAGAUGGUGGUGGUACAUCGAAAAGAGCCAAAAUUGAUAAUAAAGAAAAUUUUAAUGAUUAUAAUACAGGAAGGGAUGAGGAUUUGAACUCAAUGAUUGAAAAAAGUGAUUUGAAAUCUAAGAACAGUGUUUCUAAAGCUGCUGAUAAAGUAAAGAUUAAAAAAUCAAUGAAUCCAAAAAACGAUGGAAGUACUAAAGAAAGUAAAAAUUCUUAUGCUAAUAGCAAUAUCGCUUCUAAAUCAAACUGCAUUGAUUCUAAACGUACAGCAGCUAAAGAUGGCAACACUGAUUCAAAAAAGGAAGAAGAUAGCAAUGAUAAAGAUUUAAAUAAUGAAAAUGUUAUCAAAAAAUCUAAAAUCAGCUCAAAAACUGACAAAAAGGAUGUUAAAGAAAAUAAAUCUUCAACAAUAAAUGAUAAAAACAGCAAAGACCAAACUAGUGCUAAAAAUGAAAAUAAAAAUAGUGUUGCAAGUUCGAAAAACGAGAAAGAUAAUUUGAAAAAUAAAAAAGCUAAAAGUAAAAAAGAUACCACAGAAGUAAGAAACGAUAUUAAUUCAAAAUCUGAAACUGUUAUUUCUAAAAACGAUAAAAACAAUUUAAAAGAGAAAGAUGUUAGUAAUACAAUAGAAAAUAAUGAAAAGACUAAUAAUAUUAAUUCAAAAUCUGAAAAUAUAAAUUCAAAAAAUAAUAAAGAUAAUUUAAAAAAUAAAAACGUCAAUAAUAAAAAAAAUAAUAAAGAAAUCGCGAAUGACAUGAAUUCAAAGUCCGGAAGUGUGACUUCAAAAAACGAUAAAAACAAUUUAAAUAAUAAGGAUAUUAAUAACAAAAUGAAUAAGAAAGAUAUAACUAAUGAAACUAAUUUAAAAGAUAAAGAUGACAAAAGCAAAAAUGAGAUUACCGAAGUAACAAAUGAGAUUAAUUCAAAAUCUGACAAUAUAAAUACAAAAAACAAUAAAGAUAAUUUAAAAAAUAAAAAUGUUGGUAAUAGAAAAGAUGGAAAACAAACCAUGAAAGAUAUUAAUUCAAAAUCUGAUAAAAUAAUUACAAAAAACGUUAAAAAUAAUUUAAAUUCUAUAGCCAAGGAAGAUAUGGGAGUAGAUAGUAAGAAUAAAAACCUGACAAAAUCUGAUGCUAAAUCUAAAAAUAUAAAUAAUGUGGUCACUUCAAAAAAUACAGAUAAAUUAAAGCCAAAUAAUAACAAAAAUAAAGUAAAUAAUAAUGAAACAUUCACAAAAUCAACUGACGAAAAAGAUUCAAAUAAAAAUGAAAAUGUAAAUGAAGAAAUCAAAAAAAAUCAAAAUGAAAAGAAAAAUAUGAAAACUAAAUUGAACAUCGAUAAUGUAAUUGCAUCAAAAAAAUCCAAAACGGAACUAAAAAAUGAUAAGAAUUUUGAAAAAAUCCAAAAAAUCUCAACUAAUUCGGAAAUAAACAAAAAAAAUCAUAUUUCAAAGGAUAGCAACACUGAGGAGAUAAAAAGUCAAAAUUUAAUGCAGCGCUUCUCAAAACCGGACAGUGUUGCCAACAAACCAAACAUUGCCAGUAAGAAAAAAAUAAUUUCACCAAAAAUAAUGAAGAACAAAACAAAUAUAAGUACAAAAAUAAGUGUAAUGAAGAACGUUUUGUCCGUUUCCAAGCAAAGUGAUAAAAACAGUACAAAAAUCCCACAGAGGAUAAAAUCUUCUGAGAUUAAGAAGAAUAUUUUAAGGCUAAGUCCGAGAUUUAUUAAAAAACCAUCUGUGAAACCGAAGAUG